ACUCUAUUACAAGCCGAGCAAAGCCCCAAGGACGAGUGGCCGCGAGAACAUGAGCGUCAAACUCAUGGACGAAAACGAGAACCUCUCAGAAAGUGUCCUCCGGGUUUUUCAGCAGAUCCACACGCAGCUCCAGCGCAUCGGCACCCUUGGAGAUGUCGCUGAUGAGCGAGCGAGCGUCGUUCACGUCGGGGAACAGGCUCCCGUCGCGUCCAAAUGUUCGCGUGGCUGUCUCCCAGAGAAGGACGGUGAGAUUCCUCCACUGAGUCCAGAUAAGCCAGAACGUCCUUGA